ACGGCCGGUUCCUCCGGGGGCCCGAGCAGCGGAGCCACAAGUGGCGGCGGGAGGGGCGAGCCGGAAGUGACGCACGCGCCGUGGGCGGGGCCUCGGGUCUCCUUCCGGGGAUCUGCGGCCCGCAUGGAAGCAAAGACCCCGGGAAGUGCAACGCCCAGAAAGCCUGUCUUAUCUGUCAGCGCGAGGAAAAUUAAGGACAAUGCCGCUGAUUGGCAUAAUUUGAUCCUGAAAUGGGAAACCCUCAACGACGCGGGCUUUGCUAUUGCAAAUAACAUCGCCAACACGAAGAUCAGUUUAUUGAGCAAAGACGAGGCCGAGCUCGGGAGCGGCGGCCCGGCCUGCGGCGGAGAUGCAGAGCGGAGGCCUGCGGGGUACAGCGCGGAGCUCGAGGCGCGGUGCGAGGAGCUGCGGGCCACCUUGGCCGCUUUGACAAAAAUACAGGUGAAAAUGGAGAAGCUGUCUUCAACUACCAAGGGAAUUUGUGAACUGGAAAAUUACCACUAUGGGGAGGACAGCCCACGGCCCCCCCUGUUCCACACGUGGCCCACGGCCCGCUUCUACGAGGUGGCCCGCCAGCUCCUGGCCAUGUACCAGGAGGAGCUGCUCCUGAAGCGCGCCAUCGUCGGGGGGCUGGCGCACACCACGGACCGCGACCUCACCCUCACCUACCUGUCCCUGUGGCUGCACCAGCCCUGCGUGCGCAGCGACAGCAGGCUGCUCCUGGAAAGCAUGCUGCUCGAAACGGGGCACCGAGCUCUGUGACCUCCCACCACGGUUCGCGCACGAUCUCCGAAGCCCUGCCUUCACCGCAGCCCCCACACGGACCGUCCCGCAGUGGGGACCCACGCCCGCGCCCCGGCGCCCGGGCUCUGGCACGGCCACCCGCCCACCUGCUAGGGUCUUCUGGACGGGACCCUUGCCCCAGCUCCCUGCGGCCUCUCCAGACACGCCCGUUAACUGCUGCGUGCCGUCUGCCACUCGGCGCCAUCUGUCCCUGUGGCGAGCCGGUGAGCCACGAGGACCUCGGCGUGAAAUAAAGGAGCUCCUUCCUCCAGAGCAGUGGAGUGGUCCUGUCUUUGUAAGCCAGGUGUAGUUUACAUGGAUCACAUUUGUGGACAGAGUCCCUGGUUUAGUAUUUAUACUUGUCGGUAUUGUUUGAAUUUCUGGGGCUGUAUGAGUUUUGUAAUUACAGCUGAUGUUUAAAAUACCACAGGGUCACCUGGGCACUGAUGGCACCAUGAGAAAGAACACCCCCUGUAAAACAUGGCCCGUCUGCAACCA